AUGAUACAACCACAUUUGACUUCCACUAUCAGCAGUCAGCAUCAGACUCAAACUAAAGACAAUUUUGAUCAAAAUACACAGCCCACUCAACCUAUUCAACGCACUGAACUUGAGCCACAAAUGGGACAGUUUCCACUGCCGACUUACCCCAACACAUCUUUGCCCAGAAUCGACGAGUUGAACCGCAACACACCCGAACCUUACCCAAUACAACCAUUAAGUCUGACUUCAAGAGACUAUAAACAUGAUAUCCAACAUCACCAUCAGAACAAUAACAAUAACAGCAACAACAGCAACAACAGCAACAGUUCACACUUGACGGACCACGAGGCACACUUGUUGAAUAAACCAAAGAGACAGAGAAGAAGCUACAGUUGUGGCCCAUGUAAACUCCUAAAGAUUAAAUGUGAUUUGCAAAUACCGUGUGCUUCUUGCAAGAAGUUCAAAAGAGUAGCACGUUGCAUGAUGCAGCCCCCACAACCCCCAUCGCAAGAAGAACUAAACAAAAUCAAAGAGAGGAAAAAGAGAUCAUUAUCUAAAAAGUUAAAAACCACUGGCGGUGGUGAAGCGGGACAUUUGAGUGAUGGCGGUGAAAAUGCCAUAGCUUCAGCCUUACUAUCUAGUGACACCAACUCAACUCUGGAUGCAAAUCAAACAAAGUUGAAAGGAACUCGCAGCGCAACUUUGCAUGGAGAAUCGUCCAAUCCGUAUGGCGAUCAUCCAAUCUCGCAUAUAACAUCUCAAUACGAAGAACUAGACAAGAAUACUUUUUCGAAAUUAGCACGCCAAAAAUUCAAAACAUUGGCAAAGGGCGAUGUCUUAAACCAGCUUCUCCUCCAAGACUCACAAAAGUUUGUUGACCUAACAAUGGUUGACAUCAAACGAAUCAAGCGACUCUUGCCUAAAUCUUUUCAAGUAUAUGAGCGGCUAAGCCAGUUGUUCACAAACACUUUGCAUAUAAUUUCACUCGAUGUGCAAAACUUUAAAGAAAUUACCCUACAAUCCAAAAUAGUCUAUGACAAACUACUCAGUAUACUGGAUGGAGACGUGCGCAACAUUGGCCAAACAUUCAAAUUCAAUAUAGUUGAAUUGCGCAACCUUUCAUUGUUUUUUCUCAUAUUGACCAAUGGCUACUCUUUUGAUUAUGAAAAAACCAGCAAUUUCUUACUAGAGAACAGACAUAUAUAUAACAGAGUAGACUUGAUGGAAGACUGGCUCAAUAUUGCCAAAUUCAUCAAGUCCAAAAUCAUGUCCUUCAACUCCCUCACAGAUAUCAUAUACCUCAUGGACUGGUAUUUGAUUAUCAAAAACUAUUACACUUUUAGGGACAUACUUAUUGAAAAUUAUUUGGAAUUCAACAACCUCUUCAACCAUGUGGUUUUGAACAAUGAGUUUAUUGCAAUCUUGGAGGACACGCUCGAAGAUGAUCAAUCCAGCUCUGGAAAUUUGGACGUAAUAGAUAAAGCAAAUGAAUCCAAUAACGAUGAGUUUAUUAGUUCUGAGAAAAGAAAAAUUUCUUUGCAAAAUAAAUCACACGAGUUUGUUAUAUUAGCCAAGUACUGGGCACAAAUAAGAUUGACCGAAUACGAAUUCCCCUUUUUCCAGUACAAAGGAUCUAUGUUAGUGUCAAGUCGUUUCAGAAAUACCCUUGUCCCACAUAAAGAGAUGUUGGACAUCCUCUAUGGUAAAGACUUGGAAUUGAGUGCGUCUCCUUUAAGUCGAUACUACAUUAAGAUUUGGAGCUUUUAUUUUAACAAAAAAUCGAACCGAAGCACUGACACCCAGGGCAUCAUUAGAAAAUAUCUUUUGUUCUACACCCAAGUGUUGAACUUGUCGUUGCAAGAAUUGGGAGACAUUCACAAAAUACUUUUGCAGCAGAAAAUGCUCGGACAAACACCACGCACUAUCGAACGAAAUGAUUUGGAAUUGUUAGUGAUGAACCAAAGACUGCUUCUAUUGUUUGUUCAAUACUUGUCAUUUAUUCGAGUUGAAUCGAACUAUUUUCCUAGUUUGAGGUAUGCGUCAUUCUUUACCAGUAUGAUGAAUUUGUUCAACCACUUUACAUUGUUGGAUGAUGUUUCUGGAGGUCAAUUGGCUGACAUUUUAAUGAUCCAUAUGCCCUUAUACUAUAUCCGGUGUUUUUACCAGAGCUUGAUUUACCAAAGCUUGUUCUUGGUAUUGAUGAAGUAUGCUCUUUUGCACAACUCAAGGAUUGGGAAUGUUAGCUACAAGGUUAAUUAUGCGCAGCAAUAUGCAACGCUUUUGCAAUCUUUUCAAAUCAUUUCGUCCAAGUUUACAAAGAGUCAUAACAUACAAUAUAAAUAUGGUGACAUGCCACUUUACCAAAAGAUUGUAGGUAUACUUACCGAUUUGACAAAUAUUUUAAAUGCAGAGCCAAAUGGGGGAGAUACUCAACAACCGGGUCUCUUUGAGUUCAAUGACUUUGAUGAUGUUCUUGACAAUAUCGAAUCAAGCAUGUCUCCAAUAAACUGGGACUGUCUUUGUAAUACGUACCAUGGCUCAAAGGAUAACUUGUAUAGAUACGCAGAAAAAGUUUGGGACUUGUUCAUGUACCUCAGCAAUAAAGUCGGAGAGGUUAGUACCGAAAUCUAUAUUACCCCAGAGAUUAAGUUUGAUGAUGAAUUUAUGAAACUGAGUGAGGGCAAUUUUACAGGGUUUAUUUUUAACGAGGACACUGUGGAUCAGUAUAUGAAGCUAAUUGUGGAACCAAAUGUUAAAGACUAA